CGGUUCACUGAGCCAUUUUUGCAUCGAACCAGAGUUUAGCAUUUGUUCGGAGACAAUUUAUAACCUCAAAGUUGUGUGAAAUUGACUGCUCGUGUUCGGGCAACGCGAAACACGUGUUCGGUUUGGUUGCUUCAGUCUUCUGUCUGAAAGUAGAAAAAUGGCUUUAUACAAUUUCAAGAAGAUUGUGGUAGUCCCAACCGCAAAGGACUUUAUCGAUAUAAUAUUAUCGAAAACACAACGCAAAACUCCGACAGUUAUUCACAAGCAAUACAAGAUCACCCGAAUACGUAGCUUUUACAUUCGAAAAGUAAAAUUCACCCAACAAAAUUUUCACGAUAAGUUAUCUCAAAUCAUACAAGAGUUUCCAAAGCUGGACGACAUUCAUCCGUUUUAUGCGGAUUUGAUGAACAUCUUAUACGACAAGGAUCAUUACAAGUUGGCUCUUGGACAAAUAAAUACCGCCAGACACUUAAUCGACAAUGUGGGAAAAGAUUAUACUCGUUUACUGAAGUACGGAGAUUCUUUGUAUCGUUGUAAACAAUUAAAGAAGGCUGCUUUAGGUCGAAUGGCCACCAUUAUGAAGAGGCAAGCAGCUAAUUUGACGUAUUUGGAGCAAGUGCGCCAACACUUGGCUCGAUUGCCAAGUAUAGAUCCCUACACACGUACAAUCAUUAUAUGCGGUUUUCCUAAUGUUGGUAAAAGCAGUUUUAUCAAUAAAAUCACUCGAGCUGAUGUAGAGGUUCAACCUUAUGCAUUUACAACGAAGUCUCUGUAUGUUGGACAUACAGACUAUAAAUAUUUGAGGUGGCAAGUAAUUGAUACACCUGGAAUAUUGGAUCAUCCAUUGGAAGAGAGAAAUAUCAUAGAAAUGCAAGCGGUAACGGCUCUUGCUCACUUGCGGGCUGCUGUGCUCUAUUUCUGCGACUUGUCAGAGCAGUGCGGUCACACCUUGGAGGAGCAGAUGAAGUUAUACGACUCCAUAAAGCCUUUGUUUAAGAACAAGCCCUUGAUAAUCGUUCUGAACAAAGUGGAUAUCAUAAGUUUGAACGAAUUGUCUCCUGAAAAAAGAGCUGUUCUGAAGCCACUCGAGGACGAUACGAAUACGCCGGUGAUGGAAAUGAGCGCCGUUACCGAUACCGGAGUAAUGGAAGUAAAAAUAGAGGCUUGCGAGCGACUCCUGACUCUCAGAGUCGAACAGAAGUUUAAAACUAAAAAGGUGGAAACGAUUCUUAACCGAUUGCACAUUGCCGAGCCAAAGGUGGUCGAUCCGAAUCGCGUUCCUUGCAUACCUGAGAGCGUCUUAAAAAAGAAACAGAUGGCUGCGGAGAAGGCUGAGAGAAAACGCAAAUUAGAGAGAGAAAUAGAAGAAGAGAUGGGAGACGAUUAUGUGCUCGAUCUGAAGAAGAAUUACGACAUCGAGGGAGACCAGAAAUAUGAUAUCAUACCAGAAAUAUGGCAGGGUCAUAACAUAGCGGAUUACAUAGAUCCAGAAAUAUUCGAGAAACUGAGUAAAUUGGAACAGGAGGAGCAGUUGAGAGAAGAAAGCGGAAUGUACGUGUACAAUCCGCCCGAGAUGACGCAGAUGAUGCGUGACAUCGCGCAGUUGGCAAAACAGAUUCGCGAGAAGAAGAUUAUCAUGAGAGACGAGGCGAGAAUAACGAAGGCAUCAACUAAGCCGAUAAUACCGCGUACAUCCGGCGCCAAGGUCCGUGACAGAUCGGUCGCGAAGUUGAAAAGAGAGAUGGAAGAUUUGGGUGUAGAUAUGGAAAACACUGAAAAUGCACACUUCAAGCGAACGAGAGGACGGUCCAGAUCCCGCUCGGAACCUGCGAAGAAACGCAUGCGCGUGGAAUUGGCGUCGCAAUCGCGCGCCCGUAGUGUCUCGAAACCACCACGUGACGAAAUGGGUGUUAAGGAUGGAACGAUGAAAACGAAACUGAAGAACAUAGCGCACAAUGCGCUCAAGAAGAAGAUAGCCAAGAAAGGUCUCAAGGGUGAAGCUGAUCGUUUCAUCGGCAACAAAAUGCCGAAACAUUUGUUCUCUGGCAAACGUGGUAUCGGAAAAACGAGUAGAAGAUAAAAACACCUUCGCACAUCUUAUUGUUACUUUGUACUUGUUGAAAAAGAGUAAACUUGUAAAAAUUGUGCUUCAGAUUGAUUUGAAAAAAAAAAAAAAAAGAAAAAAAAUCGUCGAAUAAUCUUGCUCUGAUUACUUCGCAAUCCGAGAUUUAUAAGUACGAGUUAUGAAUAAAACUCAAAGAGAAAGAGAUUGUAAUUGUAGCCGUGUUGCUAUAUUUAUUAAAUGAGAAGGCAAAGAUCGCUGUUGU